CAUCACGGAGACAUGGAUAUGGCAAUGCUACUCUUGGAAACAUUCUAGUCUGUUUCGGGCGGACAGCAUAAGCAACAUCAUGUCGUUUAGCUGGUCAGCAAAAGACCACAAGAGUUAUAAAAAUCCACCCUCCAACCCAACCCAAGGGUUGAAGCGGCCACGGAACGACACAGGGAACAAAGUGACAGUAGUGCUCGGUGCGCAAUGGGGAGAUGAAGGCAAAGGAAAAGUCGUCGAUUUAUUGGCGACUGAGUCUGACCUUGUUUGCAGAUGUCAGGGCGGUAACAAUGCAGGCCACACAGUGGUAGUGGAAGGCAAAGAGUAUGACUUCCACCUUCUCCCCAGUGGAAUUAUCAACCCCAAAAGUAUAUGUGUCAUUGGUAAUGGUGUAGUCAUACACCUACCAGGUUUGUUUGAGGAGGCGGAGAACAAUGAGAAGAAAGGUCUCAAAGGCUGGGAGAAGAGACUAAUAGUCUCUGACAGAGCUCACCUUGUGUUUGAUUUCCAUCAGGUUGUGGAUGGAAUUCAGGAGACCCAGAGACAAGCAACAGAGGGAAAGAUAAUUGGAACAACCAAGAAAGGCAUUGGACCCACCUAUGCCAGCAAGGCAUCUCGCAUAGGACUGCGUGUCUGUGACCUGCUGGGAGACUUCAAGGAGUUCUCUACCAAAUUCAAGAACCUUGUCGAACAGUACCAGUCCAUGUACUCAUCCCUGACAGUUGACACUGAAAGUCAGCUGAAAAAACUGAAGGAGUAUGGAGAGAGGUUGCGGCCGAUGGUUCGGGAUGGAGUCUACUACAUGUACGAGGCUCUUCAUGGACCCCCAAAGAAAAUUCUGGUGGAAGGGGCCAACGCUGCCCUCCUCGACAUUGACUUUGGCACAUAUCCUUUUGUUACCUCAUCAAACUGCACCGUUGGUGGGGCAUGCACUGGUCUUGGCAUCCCUCCCCUGAAUAUUGGUGAAGUGUAUGGUGUAUCAAAGGCCUACACCACCAGGGUGGGAAUUGGUGCCUUCCCCACGGAACAACUCAAUGCGACAGGUGAGCUGCUGCAGACAAGGGGUCAUGAGGUGGGCGUGACCACAGGCAGGAAACGUCGCUGUGGCUGGCUGGACCUGGUCAUCCUGAGAUACGCUCACAUGAUCAAUGGCUUCACUGCCAUUGCUUUGACAAAACUUGACAUCCUUGAUGUGCUGGAUGAGAUCAAAGUAGGAGUGGCCUACAAAAUCAAUGGCAAAAGAAUUCCCCAUUUCCCAGCUGACAUGGAGCUGUUGCACAAAGUGGAGGUAGAGUAUGAGACCUUCCCUGGCUGGAAGAGUGACACGUCUGCAGCCAGGAAGUGGAAUAAUCUCCCCCAGAAGGCUCAGAACUACAUCCGCUUUGUGGAGAACCACAUUGGAGUACCCAUUAAGUGGGUCGGUGUAGGAAAGUCCAGAGAGUGCAUGAUCCAGAUGUUCUAGAGAGUUUACCUCCUCUCUCCCCAAGAUGGACGCACAAAGAUGUGGCAUGAUGUGACAUAUGUUUGCAACCCCCAAACGGUCUAAUAUUGGGUAAAAAAAAACUUAUGCCAACAGAUUUGUGUAGCUUUGAAACAAUGUUGACUGGUAAUGUUGGUAACUUUACAUCUAUCUAUGCAGUGCUUCUCAUCAGUAAGUUGCCUUGUGAUGAUGUCGGCCAGAAAGUCCUAUUACUGACCCAGGAGUAAAUCUUACCUUGUGCCACACAACAAACAUGAAAGAUAAAAACACAUCCAAUAACUUUUC